AUGGCCGUCUUCUCGAAACCCAUAUCCUCCCACCGCCUCAACAGCGCCUCGGCCAAGGCCAUCGUGGCCGACCUUACGCGGCUCUACCUGCAACACCGAACACGCAUAUCGCGCGCCGUCUACCUUACCUUGUUCGUAGCUCUAAUAAACCGCAUUCGGAAUGCUAUUGCCGAGCAGAAAGCUGCUGCUCUGCGUAGGGCCUCAAAAGGCGCAAGCAAGACGCCGGCAGGCGAGGGCGAAACUUCGGGGAGGAAGAAAGUUGAGCUGAAUCGCGAGUUUUUUAAAAACCUGCUUCGGCUGUUACGGAUAUGUAUACCUGGAUGGAAGAGCAAAGAAUUCCGGCUCGUCAUCGGGCAUAGUGUCUUCUUGGUGCUACGGACAAUGAUCAGCUUGUACGUUGCUGAGUUGGAUGGACGACUGGUUAGUGCACUUGUGAGGGGAAAAGGGAGAGAGUUCUUGAUGGGUUUGGUGUGGUGGAUGGCUGUUGCUGUGCCGGCGACAUUUACGAACAGCAUGCUGUCAUAUCACCAGUGCAAACUUUCUCUGCAAUACCGGACUCGACUCACGAACUACAUCCAUUCCAAGUACCUCUCGCAAAUGACGUUUUACACGCUAAGCGCCCUCGACGACCGCAUCGCAAACGCCGACCAGCUGAUUACCGUCGAUGUAGCCAAAUUCUCCAACUCCCUCGCAGAACUGUAUUCAAAUCUUGCGAAACCCGUUCUUGACAUCAUUAUCUACAACUACUCGCUUUCACGAAGCGUCGGCGGCGAAGGUCUAUUUUUCAUGUCACUUUUGGUGCAGAUAUCGGCAAACGUCAUGAGGGCACUGACUCCGCCGUUUGGCAAGUACGUGGCAGACGAGGCGAGACUAGAGGGAGAAUUUAGAUUCCAGCAUUCUAGACUGAUUGAUUGGAGUGAGGAAGUGGCGCUCUACGGAGGGCAUGAGGCGGAGAAGGACACGCUCGACAAGGGCUAUUUUACGCUGAUCAAGCAUGUAAACCGGAUACUGAGACGGCGGUUCUACCAUGGAAUAAUGGAGGACUUUGUCAUCAAAUAUUUCUGGGGCGCUCUGGGCUUGAUGCUGUGCAGUGUGCCGGUAUUUUUCAAGGUACCUGGAACUGGUGGAAUGAGUAUGGGCGAUCGCACAGAAAAUUUCGUAACCAAUCGCCGCAUGCUUCUCAUGUCCAGCGACGCAUUCGGCCGUGUCAUGUUCUCGUACAAGGAGAUCACCGAACUCGCAGGCUACACCUCGCGCGUCUCUACUCUCUUAGACGUCAUCGACGACAUCCAGGCCGGUCAUUUCGAAAAGAAGCUCGUUUCCUCCGCCGACACCGAAGAAAACGCUGCCGUUCUUCGAGGCCGCGGUACUGUAACUGAAGGCGAAGACAUUGAAUUCGUUGAUGUCCCCAUCGUCUCUCCCAAUGGCGACGUUCUCGUACGUGCACUGUCCUUCCACGUAAGGCCCGGCGACCAUCUCCUCAUUGUCGGCCCAAAUGGCUGCGGCAAGAGCAGUCUUUUCCGCAUCCUUGGCGGCCUAUGGCCUGUCUACGGCGGCAAGGUGCGCAAACCACCAUUCGAAGAUAUUUUCUACAUCCCCCAGCGACCAUAUCUCUCUCGCGGUACCCUCCGACAGCAAAUCAUCUACCCAGACUCUCUCCACGAUAUGCACUCCAAGUCCAUCACCGACAACCACCUCCUCUCCGUACUCGCCACGCUCAACCUCGAGUCGCUAGUCGACCGCCCCGGCGGCUUCGACGCCGAAGCUCAGUGGGAAGACGUACUUUCCGGUGGCUUGCAGCAGCGCGUCGCCAUGGCCAGACUGUUCUACCACAAGCCGCGGUACGCGAUUCUCGACGAGUGCACGAGCAGUGUGACGCUCGAGGUGGAGAGAAUCAUGUAUGAAGAAGCCAAGAAACUAGGCAUUACCCUCAUGACUGUGUCGCACAGGCGCAGUUUGUGGAAGUACCAUUGUAGGAUUUUGCAGUUUGAUGGCCAAGGAGGGUUUUACUUUGGAGGGUUGGACGCCGAGAGGAGGGCUGUGCUUGAGGAUGAGAAAGAAGAUAUCGAUCUACAGCUCAGAGCGGUCCCGGAUAUCGAGCAGAGGAUUAGGGAGCUCGAGGCUUCAUGA